UAAAUGGGACAUGCUAUUAUAUUGUUGAAUGAGGUCUAGAAGUAUUUCUAUAGAAGUCCGCUGUAGUUAAUGGAACAUGGGGGGGAUAUGCUCGAUUAUACUGUUGAAUGACGUCUAGAAGCUUCGUGAUAGCAUCUGGUGAAGCUCGCUCGGCUGUAAUUGCAUCUGCAUCAGAAGGUAGCGGCGCUGGCACCUCAUUCGACUCGGAGAUCACCUUGGACUUCUUCUGUGUCCGUGCGUCGGGCUUCGCGUAUUUACCGCUUGCUUGUCCGCCACUGUGCGCAUCGGUCCUCUGCUUCGAUCCAUUCCUCCAGUUCAGCUACCGUGCCCCAGCACAAUGUGUAUUGCCCCGAUGCAACAUCAGCUUCAUAUGAGCCAUACUUCACUGUUGGAUUGCCCGUCUGGAACUUGAAGAUCUCCACGGAACGCCCAUUGGAUGAUGCAUGAGUUGCGUCAUGGGGAUUUUGAGAGCUGAGGGCGGCUGAGGGUGCAGGCGUCACAAGAGAGGGCGGAUCAAAUGCACUGAAUACAAAUUGAGACAUCGGGGAACUGGUUCAGGUUGCGGAGAGGGAUGAGAGGAGGAGAGGAAGAGCAGAAAUAAAGACAAUGAGAUCUAGUACACAUUAUCGAGCGUGUAUUGUUCAUUAAAUCCAACAAAUUCACUCGAUUUCACUCCGUCAAAGCUCCCCGGAUCACCGGGAUCACGUGCAGAAGACCCGACCCAAAACGGA